CCAAAUCAUGGCACCAUACAUGCAAGCCAUCCCCGCCAUUCACGAAGAAUUCGUUCGAGUCUCCAUGCCCAGAACUCGCUGAAGUCCACUGCAGAUCUUCAAUCGGGGCCGGAAGCGCUGCGCGCGUUCGCCCAUUCACUUAGUAUCCACUCGUCACUCUUCGUAGUCUCCCCAGAACAAAUAUAUUGACCUAUGAAAUAUUUUCUCUCCCAUCUCGCACGUCAGAGCAUCAACCCUAAGAGUGCCACCAAGUCUAAGCCCAGGAGAACCAAGAAGUCGAAAACCACCCAGAAUCGCUUUGAGGGUCUUACCGUUGAAGGUGACCUGGAUGAUGAAGGGAGUGACUACACUCAUUCUUCAGGCUUGCCGUCGGAUACUACAUCGGACUCUGAUCGUGAAUCGGAUGUCAUUGAAAUCACGAACGAAGAGCUCGCGCACUUGUUACCUUCAAAAACAGUUCCGGAACAAUCAAACAGGCGAAACAAGCGCAAGCGCUUGACCAAAAAGUUAACCACUCGGGCAUCUGCCAGCCGAAGAGCCGCUACAACCAUGACUAUGCAAGAAAGUCCUGUCGACUUGGAAGAUGCUCUACCCCUUCGAAGUUCUGUGCCUACUGUCAAGGCUACGAAGCGGAACCCAAUAUAUCACUUUUAUGAUGUUGUACAGUCGAAUGCUGCAGGUCAGGCUGGUGAUCCGGGAGAUAAACACUACAAAUGUUACUUGGGUAAUCGGAAGGUCCUCACCAUUACACGCGCAAUGAAAAGCAGCCUGAAUGGCUUGGUCGGGCAUCUCAAAACACAUUUUCCACCUAUGUAUCGGCUAUACCUCAUCUUGAAGUCUCGCGGAACACCUCCCACCGAAGAUGAGCUCAAAAUGGCGCGAGGCGAAAAAGUUCUUGAUCCUGACGCAGCAGCAGCAUACCUGACACAGCUUGAGCAAGCAUCUGCAAAUCUCAUUGACGCUUUCAACAAGCAAGUCAACAAAGCAUUCGGUGACUGGAACCAAGACAAAUUUGAAGACCUGCUUGCGAAAUGGCUUGUUGCAUGCGACCAGCCGUUUGAUGAGGUUGAAAAGCCAGAGUUCAAAGCAUUCAUUGAGUACACUCACCAAGGUUCGCUACGUAUCCCUGGACGAAUGGCAAUCAAACGUCGUAUCAUGAAGAUGGGUGACGAGACUAUCCAAGGAAUCAAAGACAUGGUUCAGGAACUCGAGGCGAAAAAGAGCUUUUGAUCGAUUUUUGUGAAAUUAUUGGCGAACACAGUGGUGCAAAUCUUGCCGAAGCUGUGUGGAACAC